AGUAGGCUACAAUCAACAGCAACUGCAAACUUUUCGAGGUCACGGGGUCAAAAGAAAUUGAGGUCAAAGGUCUUUGCUUGGAAGGUAAACAAACUACUUCCCCUCUGGCAAAUGAGGUCAAUGAGUCGUUGUCGUUGACGGGUGAACGCUCACAUUGUGUGGGCUGCUAACCUAGAUUCUAGAUCUAGAUUAUCAGUUUCUUCACAGUCACCAAACAAUUUUAUUCAGUUGUGUAGGUCUCAUUCCCAUUCUGAUGUGUCACGGACCACAGCUGUGGAAAAAUAUAUAUAUUCUCUCCAUCACCACCAGUGAACAUCGAAUGUACAGAGAAGAAAUUUUGAGGUAUCAAGCAAGGCUUGUCCAUCUCCAGCCAUUUGCUUGUGAAACAUUGCUUUAAAAAAAAUCUAAUCAGAAACAAAGAACAGGUUGUGAAUUGUAGCCCAUGUGGGGCGCAUUAUGAUCUACAGUCUGUGUUUGAUGAAAAGAAAUUCUAUGCCAUGAAAGCAAUUCGAGCAUGUUGUAGUACAUGAAUCUUGAAACUUCUAGACAUCAAGUGCCAAGACAGUGAAGAAAAUUUGUCUUAGUCUAGUGAAAGAGCCUUUUCACAAUGUCGCAAAAUCGAAAGAUGUGCGAUCCCUUCUUAUUUUUGCCGACCCGUAUUUCGGUGAUUGUUCUGGCCACAUUCCAGGGAGGAAUUCUGGACUAUUAUCUCGUGAAGUACAAUAACCACAGCUGGUAUGCCUGGAUUGCUGGAGACGUAGCCAUUAUUUUCAGCUUUUUUGUUGCAUUUUUUAUUUCCUACCGUGAGCUGAAAAUUUCGGCUCGUAACUCACAUUUGCCUACGGAGCAGCAUAAGAAAACAAACUUGCAGGUGGAAGCAAGAGGUUUUCCUCUGGUUUAUUUUGCAUGGUUGGUUUACUCUGUGAUCUUAGCUGUGCGGGUUGCUCUGAUUUACAAAAACUUUGCCUACAAAAUUGAGUCCGACAUUUUCUUUGGGACAAACAUGCUGAAGUUUACACUGGCCAUGGCUGGGGUGCUGUUUCUUCUGCUUGUGGGAGCUCACCACUUUGCCAUGCUGGGUACUCCGGCCCGGACCCACAUCAAUCUGUUGACGGGCAUUGUCCCCUUUGAUAUCAUAGACUGUGUGGACAUCUUGAGCAUUUUCUUCAACAAGGACAGUAAAGAUGCCAUGGAGCCAGUGUUUGAGUGGACCGUGAUUGUCAUUGCUUGCAUCAACUUCCUCUUGCCCAUCAUUCCUCUUAUGAUGCUGAGUCAUAGUCACUUUGGCGUGCACCCUAUCUCGCAGAACAUGAGCACGGUGCGCAAACUGAUUCAGAUCUUUGUGGUCAACACACCGCUACUGUCCAUCCGUAUUCUGAUGUGGCACAAGCAAGGGGAGGAGGUCUCGCCCCUCAUUGUGAAGAACAUAGUCAUGAUCAUGGUCCUGGCCAUGGAUCUGUACGAGGGCGAGGAGGCGGAGAAGUCGGCUGUCGUCGUUGACGAUGAGUACGAUGACAGAGGCGUGUUCAGAGAUGAUAGGAGGGCUGAGAAUCUCAACGUCCUUCGCUACAAUAACCUCUAGAACGAUCAUUGUUGGGGCAGGCUACUGGGUUUUUUAACUGUCAAACCUGCGUUUCUCUGUUUGAGAAUACCUUUUAACUUCCUAUCAAUAUAAUGUACAUGACUUUUAUAAUUUCUAUUUUCCCUUCACACUUUUUCUCCAGUACUCAGAUUUGUUACGAUUGUCAGCCACAUUGCUUUUUUUUUUCAACUGUUAUGUAUUCUUCCCUUCCUUCCUUCCCGUUAUUUCUUCCUAAAAUCUCCUCAUACAUACUUUUGUUUCUGUAUUAUCGAUGAACUGGCUUUAUGCCUCUAUAUAUAUCUUGAGAAAGGUAUCAUGCAUAA